UGCCGACUGGAUGCAGACCGGGGGAUUUCCAGCAGCUUCCUAAAGCUCGCCUCCCUCCCUUCCUCCUCCUCCUUCAGCAUCCGGAGCUUCUCCUCUUCUGCCUCCUCUUUCCUCCUGCUCCUCACCACCAGGAUGUGGCACUCGGUGGCUCUGCUCCUCUCUGGAUUCUUUGCUUUGAUCCAUGUGUCGGUGCAGGGUCCUCACCAGAGGAACCUGUUAAAGAACCUCCUGAAGGAUUACAACCGGAUGGAGCGGCCGGUGGGCAACGACUCCCACCCACUCACCGUUAUCUUCUCCCUCAGUUUGAUACAGAUCAUGGAUGUGGAUGAGAAGAAUCAGGUGCUCACCUCUAACAUGUGGCUACGGAUGAGUUGGUUCGACCAUUAUCUCCAGUGGAACCAGAGCGAACAUCCCGGAGUGAAGAACCUACGCUUUACCACGGACCAGGUCUGGACCCCGGACAUCCUGCUCUACAACAGUGCAGAUGAUGACUUUGACUCCACCUUUAAGACCAAUGUUCUGGUGAACUCCAGCGGCUACGCCGAGUAUCUGCCUCCAGGAAUCUUUAUGAGCACAUGCAAUGUGGACGUUCGCUGGUUUCCUUUUGACAUUCAGCAGUGUGAGCUGAAGUUCGGCUCGUGGACGUAUGACGGCUGGCUGCUGGACCUCCAGAUGACUGAUGCUGACAUCUCAGGCUACAUGCCCAAUGGAGAGUGGGACUUAAUCGGGGUUCCUGGCACCAGAAGCGAGGCCUUCUAUGACUGCUGUAAGGAGCCUUAUCCUGAUGUGACAUUUGUUGUGACAAUACGGCGGCGGACGCUGUACUACGCCCUGAACCUGCUCAUCCCCUGUGUGUUGCUGUCUUCGAUGACCCUGCUGAUCUUUGUGCUGCCAGCUGACUCUGGGGAAAAGAUCUCACUGGGUAUCACCGUUCUGCUGUCGCUUACUGUUUUUAUGUUGCUAGUCGCAGAGAUCAUGCCAGCUACAUCGGACUCCGUCCCUCUCAUAGGUCAGUAUUUUGCCAGUAUAAUGAUCAUCGUGGGGAUGUCAGUCAUCGCCACAGUGGUUGUGCUGCAGUAUCAUCACCACGAUCCAAAUGGAGGAAACAUGCCAAAAUGGGUGCAGCUCGUCUUGCUGCAGUGGGUAGCAUGGUUCUUGCGUAUGAAGCGGCCAGGAGAGAAUGAUGACCCAGAGCGGCCCCCGUGUGCCCCCCACUUACGGCGCUGUUCCUCGGGCUCGCAAAACGGGAGCAUCACAAAUCCACAAGACCCCACCCUGCAUCCACUGCACCCACAGAACCUGAGUUCUCUGCACACAGGGCCCCUCCACGCGGGGCAUCCUCACCUUCAUGCCCAGUCCAGCACCAACAACAAUGGGAACCUUCUUUAUAUGGGUUACCAGAGCAUGGAGGACCCUUCAAUGCUCUCAGAGCCUCUCCAGAGAAAUAACAUCUCUGCAGGGCCUACUCGUGUAGCAGGAAGCCCGCCUCCUCACCUCCCAUCUCAGUUCUGCAGCUCCCCACCACCUCCUACCCCCAACAUGGAUACUGUAGGCUGCCCCAGCACUGUCUCCAGUGGUGGGGGCUUCGGAGGUGGAACCGGAGGUUGCUCGAAUGCUGGUAUAGGAGACCCACAGCUACAGGCCAUCUUGGAGGAGGUGCGUUACAUGGCAGACCGUUUCCGGGAGCAGGACGAAACCGAGAGCGUUGCAGACCAGUGGAAAUUUGCAGGCGCUGUGAUUGAUCGUCUGUGUUUGGUGGCGUUCAGUGUUUUCAACAUCAUUUGCACCAUCUCUAUCCUCAUGUCUGCUCCGAACUUUGCAACUGCUAUUUCAAAAGACUUUGUUUGAAAGCAAAAAGGGAAAAAGAGGAAGAGAAGUGUGAAGGAAAGGAUGAGGGAAAUUAAAUAUAGACUGAAGAAUGGAGUGGGCCCGGAUCCAAGGGAAUACAAUUUCCAGCGGACUGUAGGCUCUGUGAUUUGUGAUUGCAAGGAACUUGAAAAUAGAAAUGAAAAAAUGUUGUUCUUUGCAAUACAAUACUGUUUUGUAACUGAAAUAUAAGAGGAAAACAGAUAAGGAAGCGGAUACAGAGUAUAUGUUGAAGGAGAUUAGGGUGAGCGUGGUGCUUUAUCAGAACCUGGACAAGGUGAAGUUAUUCUUUUUUUAAUUCAAAUCCUUUCCCACAAAAUAAGGGGAACAAAUGAGUCCAAAAAAGAAAUUAAACAAGCUUAUCAGUCCAACCUCAAGCAAGAAAGCUCUUGGAGAGAUUGAAAGACUAAGACGGAAAAGUGACAGGCAGAUAGAUAGAGAUGGAUAAAUAAGACAGACAUUGGGCUGUAUUUUCUUAAAGAGGGAAGACAGUUCUUCUCUACCACUUUUUGAGAACGGAGUGCAUCAUUUAAAGUGAUGUGAAGAGGAGAGGGUUGGGGGAGGCAAAAAAUACAGAAAAGAAAAGAGGAUGGAACUAGGAUUCCCCCUUGUGACAUUGGCAGAGUUAGGCAGAGUAAACAGCUUGAUGCUUGGAUAUACAAGUGAUGGAAGAUCAGGAAGCAGAGACGAACAGAAGAGGAUCUUAUCUAUUCAAUCAAAUCCAUUUAAUGACCGUCAAAUUGAAAGACCUUGGAUAAUCUUUAAGACUAAUAAGCUUUUAAAGGAUGAAGUCCCCUCUCUGCUUGAAACCACUUUAAAUUUCCAAGGCCUUAUCUCUUUGAGACGAUUGCCAAUCUGCAACAAUCAGCAGAGAUCAAAAGCUCCUCAGCAGCGGGCACAGUGUGCAGUGCUUAUUACGACCGGGAAACUGAAUUAACCGGUCAUCAGCAGCGCAAUGCCCAGUAGCUGCACCACGGUGGAGGCUCGAGCCAAUAAGAAGUCAUGAGGCUGUUACCGAGCUGUAUCUGGCAGGUCCUAAUAACCAACGGAUCUUAUUGGAUUUCAAAUUAAAGGUUUCAUAACGGUGAUGGGAGGUCAGGUCUUUAAAAGAACACAAGAGGCCCAAGAAAGGGUCAAAAUCAUUCUUGUGUUACUAUAUUGACCUUAAGCUACAGUGGAAUAUGUGAGGCACGUGUUAAUAAAAGAGUGAGUUUGGACACAGCCCAAUAUUAAAAGAGAAGGAUGAGUCAUUCAAAAUGAAGCUAGACGCAAAGGAAAUCCAGCUGAAAGUGUACAUUUAACAACUCUUCUCCGUGCAAUUCAGCACAGGUAAUUGCUGAGACUCACAUUGCUAACUCUAAGAGAGAGUUGCUCUGUCUUCAAUAUUAGUAUUGUGCAAAGCCACUGAAAAUAAAUAUUGUCAGGAAAACAUUUCCAACUGUAGGAUCUUUCUGUAUUUGUUUACGAUGAAUAGUGGUAUUUUCUUUCAUGCACAUGAAGGUCCCCAGACUCAAAAUCCCCUUUAUAUAACAUAAUGUUUUACCAUAAUUUAUGUUUCUCUACAUUUGAGUGGCUGACACCUGCCAGAUAUUAGCAAAGCAAGCUAAGCUUUUUAUUUUUUACCCGACUACUAAAUUCCCUCAAAAACCAAACAAGCCUCUGAAGAGAAGACCAGACUUACUGUAUAUUAUUUUAUAUAUUCAUUAAAUCCCAUAAAACAACUUAAACCUACAAUACCUUCAACCUCUAAAGCUUUCCUACACGGUCGUGGCACAAAGCCUUAAACGUUAAGUGUAAACAAUGAAGAAAACCUUAAAAGUGUAGGAAAAAAAAAGUGCCCUGGCACUUUGAUUAGCGAACAUAAAUCAAACUGUUUGUUUGGGACUAUUUUCAGCUGGGGAUUCAUACACAUCAGUGACUUAGCAAGUUUUUAUGUGUGCAGGAUGGUAAUUCACUACAGAGGCCAUUUUUAUUGAAAAAAUAAAGUGUAUCUUUUUUAAUUUUACCCAGUACAGCAAUGGCCUUUAUGUAAGUGAUAAAAACACCGGAAGUCUAUGGCUCAAAGGAGAAGCUAGUCAACACUUGUUAAGAGAAUAAUUGAGAUGUAGGUUUUGGUAUUUUCAUGGGAUUUUAUGACAAUUAGUAAAAUGUACAAUAUCUGCAAAUUAUUCUAUAAGAAAUCUCUCAAGGUUUGCCCUAAAUAAGUUAACUUCAUUUCUGACAACACAGUCUCUACUGUCUGAGUAAUGUUUCUGAACUACUACAUACGGUGUAGAGAGCGUUGUACAAUUCUUUAUAUCUAUACCUUUCUUUGUCUCCUCUCUUGUGUUCUAAAGUCUCCUAGCAGUAGAAAAGUAAACUUCUAGCCUGGAGGUUUGUAGAAGGAUGUUGUCCUUCCAGCACAUACUGACAACUAAACACUCACAUCUGUACAGAACAUUUUAUCACCCUGAAAAUAAAGAAUUGUCUCAUUUUUAUACCACCUUUAGUCUGUUCCCCAUCUCUCUGAUUUGACAGUGCUGGCCGAACACCCAAAAAGAAGAGAAAAAUGACAGAGAGAGGGGAUAGAAGGGGGAGAGAAAGUGCUGACGCGCAGGGAGAGCUGG